AUGGCCUCUCCGCUUUCCUCGCCCCAGGUUGGCUUCACUUCUUCGCCUCACCAACGAGGCACGCUCGACAUCAUCUGGUCAUGUCUCUUCACUGUCUUCAUCUGCACCUGGACUGUAGUGCAUCCGAACAUCCCUCCACGGAGGUCGCCAUGGUGGCACAGGUUGCUCGACCGGCUUAUCGAGUUAGUACUCGCAGCGGUGGCGCCGGAACUGAUUCUCGCUGUCGCAGUGAGAGAGUGGUUGGAUGCCAAGGGAUUGGUGAUGGCGCUAAAAGAUUUCGAAAGGGACAAGAGUGAUGAGCCGAAGGAGGCGCAAAGCGGUCAGAAGAGGGGAAUUGUUACUGGAUUUUACGUUGUGAUGCAGGUUCGGUUUGGAAAAGUGACUCACGAUUUCAACUUCAAUUUCCCCUUCGCCAACAAUGACGACGACGCGGAAACAAAGGUAGAAGGCUACCUCAGCAUCCCAGACAUUAAAGAGCAUCUCUGUCUCAACAAAUUAAGACUGUCCGCAUUGAUCAGCGAAUCCGAGAUAUGGGACAAGGGAAAUGCUGACAGGCUGAUCAAAUGUAUGCUGGUGUUCCAAGUCCUGGGUUACGACGCAGUGUAUUGGCCGUGCGGCGCAACACUUGACCAUCACACCAUUGGAGAUAAGCACUUUGGCAUACGUUCCUUUUAUGCUACUUUCGUUGGCAUUCUGGUGGAGGAAGCCAUAUAA